AUAUCAUUGUACCCAUAACAAUUCACGAGGAUUUACACAACGUUAUUGAAAAUAACAUUUCAAAUCUGAACGCCGCUGACAUCGGCCCAAUUGAUUUUAAAGAAAUUUCUAUAUGUGAAUUAGAAAGAGCUGAACAAAAAUCGGACUCACAAGUCUCAGUACCAUCGAUGAAAAAACGGAGGUCAUUGGAAACUGUCAAAGUGCAAACAGCUGAAUCGCCGCCUCGACGCUGCGCCAAGGACACCGAUGAAAUUGAUUUAGAAAAAGUCUUAAAGUUUUCAAAAAGUACUAUAGCAGCUUGGAAUUCCUAUAAAUUGAAUGGAAAAUUGAGGGACACAGACAGAGACGCAAUUGCAGGAGCUGUUAUAGAUUAUGAGUUGACUGACGAUCUCGAUCGACGUAUUUCGCCAGGACGAUUUGUUUUCUUGUCCGAACAAAUACUGAAAUACUUUCCGACUGAGGCACAACAGAGUGUAUGGGCAGUUAUUAACAGCACCAGUGUCUUCCUUACGGGAAAAGGAAAGUUGUAUACGCGCUGGAGCAAUACGAGACGAAAGUAUAUGGAACUGGGGCUCAUUCCCAGACAAACGAAAGGACGAAAGGGUACUGGCAGGCCAAACGCAAACGACAAGAAAGUUGAUGAUAUAGAGAUUCAAAAGUUCUAAGAAGAUAUUAUUAUCUGGCUCAAGAACACUGCUGAACCAUGGGUCGAAAUCGAGAAAAGGUGGACCGAAACCUCAAUUGAAAGAAGAAGAUUUACUAUUUCGGGAGUCUAUCGAAAUACGAGACUAUAUUAAGGCAUAUCCAGCCUUUAAAAAUCCAAGAGGAUACACACUUGUAAGUACUGAAUAAAUUCCAUGCACGGUGUAUACUGAGUGUUUAUUUCAGGUGGAUAUUGACUUUGAAUCACUCUACCCUGAUAGCUCCAAAAAGCUCUUUGCAUUGUGGCCGAAACUGCAAAGUUUCUUACUACAGCACAUGCCGAACAUACACGGUGUGUCUCCCAGUUCAAUAAAGGAUUCGACGGACCAAGGAAACUUCCUUUUAAUGAAUAUCAGUCACAUGUUUCGCGUGGUCAAUGCUCGAAAACAAGCAAAAACUGUAAGAGUGGCGACCGUCG